UUCCCAGGUGCUCACGUGCUGCGCUGGCUGGAAGCAGUUGGGGGAUGAGUGUGGGAUUGCGGUGUGUGAAGGCAAUUCCACGUGUUCAGAAAACGAGGUGUGCGUGCGGCCAGGCGAGUGCCGCUGCCGACAUGGCUACUUUGGUGCCAACUGCGACACUAAGUGCCCGCGCCAGUUCUGGGGGCCUGACUGCAAGGAGAGGUGCAGUUGCCACCCGCACGGACAGUGCGAGGACGUGACUGGACAGUGUACGUGCCACGCGCGCCGCUGGGGUGCGCGCUGCGAGCAUGCGUGUCAGUGCCAGCAUGGCACGUGCCACCCGCGAAGCGGCGCGUGCCGCUGCGAACCGGGCUGGUGGGGUGCGCAGUGCGCGAGCGCCUGCUACUGCAGCACCACAUCACGGUGCGAUCCACAGACCGGAGCCUGCCUGUGCCACGCAGGCUGGUGGGGCCGCAGCUGCAACAACCAGUGUGCCUGCAACUCGUCGCCCUGCGAGCAGCAGAGCGGCCGCUGCCAGUGUCGUGAGCACACAUUCGGCGCACGGUGCGAUCGCUAUUGCCAGUGCUUCCACGGUCGGUGCCACCCCGUGGACGGCACGUGCGCCUGCGAUCCCGGCUACCGGGGCAAGUAUUGUCGCGAGCCAUGCCCCGCUGGCUUCUAUGGCCUGGGCUGUCGCCGUCGGUGUGGCCAGUGCAAGGGCCAGCAGCCGUGCACUGUAGCUGACGGCCGUUGUGUGACCUGCGAACCCGGCUGGAACGGAACCAAAUGUGACCAACCUUGCGCCACCGGUUUCUAUGGCGAGGGUUGUGGUCACCGCUGCCCGCCCUGCCGCGAUGGGCAUGCCUGCAACCAUGUCACUGGCAAAUGUACGCGCUGCAAUGCGGGCUGGAUCGGCGACCGGUGCGAGACCAAGUGCAGUAAUGGCACUUACGGUGAGGACUGUGCCUUCGUGUGCUCUGACUGCGGCAGCGGCCACUGUGACUUCCAGUCUGGGCGCUGCCUUUGCAGCCCUGGUGUUCACGGACCUCACUGUAAUGUAACAUGCCCUGCCGGGCUCCACGGUGUGGACUGCGCCCAGGCCUGCAGCUGUCACGAGGAAUCAUGCGACCCGGUCACCGGUGCCUGCCACCUGGAGACCAAUCAGCGCAAAGGUGUGAUGGGCGCGGGCGCGCUGCUCACGCUGCUCCUCGGCCUGCUGCUAUCGCUGCUCGGCUUGGCCCAUCAUGACCUAGAGAACACACUCAACUGCAGUUUCCUGGAACCGCCUUCAGGGCUGGAGCAGCCCUCUCCAUCAUGGUCCUCCAGGGCUUCCUUCUCAUCCUUUGACACCACAGAUGAAGGCCCUGUGUACUGCGUGCCCCACGAGGAGGCGACUACUGAGAGCCGAGACCCAGAAACUCCUGCCGCUCUGGCUGAGGUGCCCGCUGCGUCCCCAGCGCCCAUGAGCACCCCGGCCUCGCAGCCCCGCGGAGCCACCGCGUUUCUCGGCGUCGUUUCCCGCGCGGCCGCAGCGAAGCAUUUCAUUGGCCCAAGCACAUAGCUCCCGGCACGAGGCUGUGUCUGAUUGGCCCAGGCUCCAGCAGCCGCAGCUUGGUUGGAUCUGCUCUCAGGCCUGGCCGACUUUUAGCUGGCUACACGCUCCCCCUAGCAGUGUUGUGGAGCUUUUCUAGCAAUCUGCGUCUCACUGGCCAUGGCUGGGAGAGCCUACAGACCUCUUACUGGCCAAGAGUGUGCUUGGCUGGGCUAUCCUGUCAUUGGCUGACGCCAGGAGCGCGGCUGCCUCUCUUGCCAGGGCCUGGUGCCUAUGGCUGUAGGGUCUUUUUCUUAAAGAUAGCCAGAGGCUGCUUCCAUUGACUGGGCUCCUGAGUAUCUGGUUGACCCGAACCUGGGGAGGAGAGCUGGUCUCUGCCCCUCAGGGGGCUCAGCACAUCUUGGCCUGUCCCCUUCCCCACCCCCACCGACAUCAGCCCUGGUCCCUCAGCUGUCAAGCUGGUUUUGAUGGCCUCCCACCAUCCUACAAUUGUGGGAACCCCAGGGUCGACUCUGGUGGCCUUAAACGUAUUUAUAGGCCCCGGGCAGGGCUGCUCCCAUCCCAUCUGGGGCUCCAUGAUGGGUUCCUCCUAGCAGGGCCAAGCCAAAGCUUUCUUAAUAAAAUGCUUCUCUCCA